ACUCAGCACACUCAGCAGCGUUGCAGACUCAGCACGAAAGCGGGUAUUCAGUUUUCAGUUGUCACAGUCGUGCGAGCGAGCGCGCCGCGUGAGAGUCUCGCCAAGCCGCUUAAGUCACACAUGCCGCGCCAACGCGCCCAAAACGCAUCGCUAACAUCGACCACUUAAAUUUCUAUUUCGCAAUGUCGUUCAUCAACUAAUUAACGACGAGUGUAAUUAACAAGAAGUGAAGCAAAACGAAUCAAUGUGGGGCAGUCCGAACAUGUGCGUUCGGCGCAUUUCCGCGAUUUUAACGACUUAAUCGACGCGCGCUGCACAGAAAACGUUGAAGCCGUGCGCGUGUGGAAUUCAGGGACCAACAACAUCAACAAGCUUCUUCGGAAUUCGUUGAAUGCGAAUUACGCUCGAGGCAAACAAAAACUCAACAAUCAUCAGCGCAAACAUGGCGUACCAUAACGAUAACGGCUACGGCUGGUACACAUGCAAAUGCUGCCCGUACGGUUAUCACAUCGACCUGGACUUUGUCAGGUACUGCGAAACGUUGGGUCGACAGGUAGAACGCACCGGGUCGAUCAAAAGACGCAAAGAUCGACGACGCCAACGACAAUCUAUGGAAGUAUUGCUUGGACUCGCCCCGCAACCAGUAAUCACCACCAGUGAGCAGCCACUUACCCCGAUCGAAGACAACCGGAUGUACCUUUCCGUCACCGAUGCGCAAACUGUGAAAACUACGCUGAAUAGUGUUAUCAAUGACGAAUUGGGUGAUGUUGUGCGUGAUUUCGAACGCACUCUGCAGAGAUCCAAGAAUAAACCAGUGAAUAAUCUGCCAGAUGUUACCGCAGUCUCAGAUACGGUGCGGAGGUCGUCGAUGUCGAGCACGUCCAGCUCCAGCAUGACAAUAUUGCAUUCGGCUGGCGAAGGUCCCGGAAAAGAUUUCGACACUGUGAGUAUUGAGUCUUCGACGUGCGGAUUGAGUCCAGCCGCAUUGCAAAACAUUCGGGAACAAAUGGCGCUCAGUUUAGAGCGCACCAAGGAACUGGAGGAGCGCGUCAAACUGGUGCCGUCACUACAGGCGCAGAUUGCGAGUCUGCAGGACGAAAAUAGACGCCUGCGUGCUGAGGAUAGGCUGAACUCGAAUUACUUAAUUUCUUCGGCUGUGUUUCAAGCGAAUGGUACGCGGAAAACCGGAAAAAGCCCGCCUCCACCUCCGCCACGCCGUGAUUUUGGUGUUACUGCCGGUGUUAUCACACGAAACGUUGCUGUGGGGCAUCAAACACCAUUGACAAGAAACGCGUCGACUUUGACACAGAAUAAUCAACAGAAUCACAUACAGAAUCAAAACAAUCAACAUGUUGAUAGAUGGUAUGCGGAAAAGUCGAAGUUUCUCAAUGGUAAUAUCAGUGCACCUCCAGAAAAGUCUACAAGAGAUGUUAGCACACAGACAAUCAAUGAUAAUCGUCCUGUUGGAGUGCAAACGGUUGAAAUCAUCAAAAAUCUGCGUGAUGCAGCCACGCAGAAUGUAAAACUAGCGACCACCACGCAUUGUGUUCAAGUUUCACCGGAUACCGCCACUGUUGGUGUGUCCGAUGAUUGCAUCGACGCCAUUUUGUGUCCUAAGUGUAAAAUAUGUAAAAAGUCCAUUGGUGUCAACACCAAUUUUAUUAUUACUCAUGAAGUUGUUAACGAAGACACUCCUAAGGAUGAACCCAUCUCUUUGGCGCUGUUAUCUACCCCCAGGAGUAAAUCAUUUCAUCUGGGAGAAGGUAAACUUAACAUGUCGCGGUUGAGGACGGUUGGUGUGCAGUACGAGCAUCGUAAUCCAGCGAAAUGUUCCCAAACGGAAGUGAAAACCGCAUCGAAAUCUUCCCAGCAUGAAAGUAUACAAAACCACAAAGGGGUGCAAUCUGAUCAGGUAAUUCCCACACCCGUAACUCCACCAAAGGUGAAAACAAAGAGUCGCAGCACGGAUGUGGUUGGUUUGACGCCCGUGACUCAAUCGAAGAGUAAAUCCACGGAUACUAAGGAAUUGACGCCGGUGAUGAAGCAUAAAAGUUGCGAACCACUAAGGGUGCUGACAUUGGAUGCAAUGACUCAGAUUGUAUCACCAUGUGUGAAGUGUAAGGAGACUAAGGAUAAUAAAGAAGUUGAAAAGGUUCAGUUAACACCGACUACACCGACAACUCCAGUGGAGGAUGGUGGUAAAAGAGAAGUAUCUAGAAUUCCACGCCUGCAGAUACCCACUAGUCCAGUUAGUACCCCUGUUGAAAGUAGGAAAUACCGUCGGCAGGAUACCUAUACCAAGAUAACUCCUGACAAAGUGGAAAUUGCUGAGAAGUCACCAACAAGAUUAACGGCUGUAGAACUAUCAGCGGGGGUAUGUUGCCGGGAAAUCAGUCAUUUGGAGAAAGUCAAACAAAAAUAUCAACUUUCCGACAGUGUGAAGGCUCCCACACGUCCACCACGUGAUACAGAAACGCAACGCGAAAGUACAACUGAAAGUUCUUCCGACGUUCCCAAAGCUGCUACGUCAAUUCCAGAGAGUACGCUGUGUCAGCCAUCUUCCCCACGCAAAAAAUCUCAUCCAAGCCGAGAAAUGCAAGGUGCAAUGAAAGUUCUCAAUGAUUCCCUUGAAAAACACUCGAAUUUACGCAGUGCACACCUGAAAAACGCCAAUGCCAUCGUUGAAAAGGAAUGGUUCCGCGUUUCGAGCACCAAAGACGCUGAUCCACUCAACGUUGAAGAUUACCUAGACGCUUACGAAGAUGUUUCUUCACCGUUGUUAGAAUACAUAGUCAAUAUGGUGGAUGCGAGUGGUAAUACAGCAAUGCACUACGCUGUAUCUCAUGGUAACUUCGACGUGGUGUCAAUACUGCUUGACUCGAAAGUGUGCGACAUUAAUCGCCAGAAUAAAGCUGGUUACACGAGUGUGAUGCUUGUGUCUUUGGCAGAUAUGCGAACACAUACGCAUGCUGAUGUGGUGCGGCGGUUGUUUUCAUUGUCGGAUGUGAAUAUCCGAGCGAAACAACAUGGCCAAACUGCUUUAAUGCUUGCUGUAAGUCACGGAAGACUCGAUAUGGUACGGAUGUUACUCGAAGCGGGCGCUGAUAUUAAUAUACAAGAUGAAGAUGGAAGUACAGCGUUGAUGUGUUCGGCAGAACAUGGACAUAUCGAAAUCGUCAAGCUUUUCCUUGGCCAAUCUGAUUGUGACACAACUAUUAAAGAUGUGGAUGGCAGUACUGCUUUACAAAUUGCAAUGGAAGCAGGCCAUAGACAUAUUGGUGUGUUAUUGUACGCACACGACCGGAGUCGUUUACAACCGGCCGCCAUUGCUGCGGGCGCGAAAAAGUCAAAAUCUGCGUCGGCGAGUCCGAAAAUGCCCUCGUCGCCGCAGAUGACACGCAGCGUCAAUCUCGCCAUGUCAGCGAAAAAGUAAAGCACGGCACAGUGUUACUAACCCCACAACUAAAAAAACGCUCACAAUACUAGCGGUCCAUUGUUAGCUGUAACCUUUCACCUCCCUAGGUGGUCGACGUUCUGAAUUUAUCAAAUGACUAUAAGACUAUUAACUAUAUCAAUGAAUUAAGUUAAGUUUCUCGAUGGGUGUAUUUAAGAAAACAAGUUGAGAAAGAAAAAAAAAACACAAUACUAAACGAUUUAAAACGGUAUUUACAACCCCAGUGAGUGUACUGGACGAAUAAAAUAUUAAUAAUUUACCAAA